UGAGUGAAACCAAACGCACAGCUGUUUUGACACUUUGUUUGUCAGACCCGUCGGCGACCGUAUCCUCUCGUCUGAGACCGCAAUCUCUUCGGUAAUGACCGUCGGAUUCAUCGCUUGCGGACCAAACGAAGCGCUCGUCGUCUCCGGUUGCGGUCAUCGGCGGCCACGUGUGGUGGCCGGCGGUCGGGUGUUUGUGUGGCCACUCGCGCAACGGGUCCAACGACUAUCGCUAAACGUAAUGGCGGUGACCGUUGAGUCGGUGGAUGUGCUGACCCGCGAGGCCGUGCCGUUGACCGUCCGCUCGCUGGCCAUCGCUCAGAUCUCGGGCCACAAUCAGCGCCUAUUGGAGUCCGCGUGCGAACAACUGUUGGGCAAAUCGGUGGACGAGAUCCAGUGUUUGGUUCGGGAGACACUUGACGGCCAUCAACGGGCGUCGAUGGCCAACACCACUGUCGAGCGCAUCGCCGCAGACUCGGCCCGAUUCGCCGCCUUAGUGUCGCUCUUUGCCGAACCCGAUAUGACACGAAUGGGACUCACGAUCGUCUCGUAUACCGUACAAGACAUCAGCGAUGGCGGCGCCGGUUAUCUCCGGGCGAUCGGCGCGACCGCAACGGCUCGAGUCAAACGCGACGCCCGUAUCGGUGAGGCGGAGGCCGCGAGGGAUGCGGCGAUUGGCGAAGCGCUGACCGAACAACAGCUGAUGAGAGAGCGUUACGCGAUCGGUGCGGCCAUCGCGAGAGCGGCCGCCGAUUUUCAGCUGAAAAGCGCCGACAAUGACAUACAUGUGCUGACAAUGAGAGCCGAGACGGACCUGUCGUAUAGGCUAAUGGCGGCCAAAAUGCGGCAAUUGAUUAAAGCCGAGGAAAUGGAGGUUAAAGUGAUAGAAAGGGCUCAAGAGGUACGACUCCUGGAACAGGAGGUGCGGCGCAAAACGCGUGAAUUGGACGCAACUGUUUGCAAAGUGGCCGAAGCGGACAGAUAUGCCGCCGACAGACUGUCCGAAGCGCACAGGAAUGCGAUUGUGAUGGAGGCUGAGGCCGAAGCGAUCGGUAUUAUGUUGAGGGCUGAGGCCGAGGCGUCCGCUAUAGUGGCCAAAGCCCGAGCAGAGGCCGAUUUGUUGGCCAACAUUAGUGAUGCAGUUCAUGGAAAGCGGUUUAAUGAUCGCUGGCCGGCGCCCAGUGUUAUAGUGUUUGCAUUGUUUGCCACCAAAGCUGAUGAUAAGCUGAUGUCUGUGUUUGUCAUAUAUUGC